AAAAGCGGCUAACGGCUAACGGGCUAGCGACUAACGGUGAAUGCCCAAGGGUUGUGCCACGCAAACACACAAAAAAUAAAACGGAUGUGUUGCAAGUGCUAAAUGACUGGCUGCAGGCAAUGAAUGUGUAUCCGCAAGAUACAAGAUACCAAAAACAUUGAGCAGUGGAAACGUGGCCAUAAACUGCAAGCUGCCAGCAGAAGUAGAGCACAAACUUGUCAAUCCUCAUUGGGGCCAGACAAAAUUCCGAGCAGAGCGCCGCCGCCGCCAUCAGCAACAUGACAGCCGCUAAGUGGGGCACCGUCACAAGGCAGACGCCCCAAAAAUAGACGCGGCUGCCACGAACAAGAAAUAUCGGAAAUGCUCUCCUCCACCGCCACCGUUGUGCAGAUGCCACCAUCUCAAUCCCAUCGCAACAACGGCCUGGUGCUUGGCGUCUGCCUCGACCAGCUGAUGCAGCACCAACAGCAGCAGCAGCAAGAAAAUCACUCCCGAUCCGCACCGACAAAGACGCUGGAGGAGGAGCAGAAGUCGACAGCCAAGGAGCAGCAGUUGACAUCGAGACAAACACGCUGCUGGCCACCGCCCUGUUUCAUUUUACUCGUCUCACUCCUAGAGAUCUUUGUGUUUCUCUACGUUGGCUCUGCUCCGCCGGAGGAUUCGCUGUUGAUCUAUCGACCAGAUCGUCGCCUGCAGCUGUGGCGCUUCGUCUCCUACGCUCUCCUGCACGCAAGCUGGCUGCACCUGGGUUUCAAUGUGGUCACCCAGCUACUCUAUGGCCUACCGCUGGAACUGAUCCAUGGCUCGGGACGCACAGCGAUCAUCUAUGGGGCUGGCGUGCUUGCCGGUUCGCUGGGUACCAGCGUAGUGGACUCCACGGUGUAUCUGGUGGGUGCCAGUGGCGGGGUCUAUGCUCUGCUGGCUGCCCAGUUGGCCAAUGUCUUGCUCAACUUUGGACACAUGCGUCAAGGAGUUGCCCAAUUGUUAGCCGUUAUCAUUUUUGUCUCUUGCGAUCUGGGCUACACGUUGUACAGCAGACAACUGGCUUUGGUGGAGUAUCCAUCGAGUGCAAUCUCAGUCUCCUACAUAGCGCACAUGACUGGCGCCCUGGCUGGCCUCAGUGUGGGUCUCUGCCUGCUCCGGCAGCUGGAUGGAACUCUGCGUCCGCGACUGUUGCGCUGGCUGGCGCUGGGCGUUUGGGCAAUUUUUAGUGGAUUUGCAUUUGCCUUCAAUCUGAUCAAUACUGUAACAGCUCAGCUGUUGGCCGAGCGGGAGGGCGAGGUGAUCAAGCAGCAUCUGUUGCACGAUCUGGGCAUGCAACGUUGAUAAAAAGACUGAGCUGCAGCAGCGGAGAGUCCAGCCCUGAACUAUACUCAUAUCUGAUUAAUAGACUAGUCACUAGCUUGUAAUGCAUUCCAGGACAAUGUGCUCAAAAGUAUAUAUUACUCUAAGAACCUAAAUGGGGACAGCUCUCUCCUCGCUCAAAGAAGUAGAAACUCAAAGGCUAUCAAUUAUCUUAUGUAAAUGCCAAAAAAAAAGAAGAAAAAAGUCAAAACGAAUCCAAUUGCGAACUGAGCAAGGCUCACUUCAGACUUGACUUUGAAAACUAAACACUUCAAGCAAACGCCGCUUCAAUUACCAGAAAACAUCCUAUUUAGAGCUAUGCAUACUAUACACACAUACAUAUGUACAUCAACAAGUGAAAUCAUACCAUAGACUUAUGAAAUAACAAAUAGUAGAGGCUCACA